AAUACAGCCAAUAUUUUGAAAGUGCUAAAAGUAAAUGACAUUUCAUUUUUAUCUGUGUAAUUUAGAAAUUCAGUAGAAAGCAAAAUGUCUGUUUUCAUAAAAUACAUCUAAAUUGUUUAAAUUACAUAGCUAUUAAACGUGACUUUCCUAGUAACAUUUGCCGUAUUUACUGCUAGAACUACGUAACGGUGUUUAUAUACCACGAUAUUGUGAUCACUUAACCAUGGAUUCGUGUCUUGGGGUUGAACAAGAUUUGGAUAAAGUUAACAAAUUUAACUCUCUAAAUGAUAAUACAAACAGAGUUUUACAAGAUAUAAUAGACCAAGUGGAAGAUUUAAGGAAGGAAAUAGCUAAACAACCUGCCAACACCCCGCUCAUACCAGCACAGGCCAUGUCAGUGACUGACCUGGCAGCUUCUGUUAAACAGGCUGUGUUUCAGAUGUCUACUGAGCAUAGAGAACUUCAUGCUACAGUAUCGCGAGUGGGAAAAUCUAUUGAUAGGCACUUUAUAGCUGACUAUGCCUCGGUGGCACCAAAGGCUGAGUCAUUUUGUAAUGAUGUCAAUAGGCCUAUCAUGGAACAAGCUAUCGCACAACAUUUAUAUAGACAGGGUUUAGAAGACGUGGGCGAUACCUUCGUGGCAGAAGCGAAUGUUACAGGAGUGGAGCGGACUUGCACUUUUGCAUUACUACAGCGCUGUGCGGCCGCGCUUGCUGAGGGCGACCCCAGUGCAGCCCUGCACUGGGUCGAGCGCCGCGCUCAUGAGUUACACAACUCUCCACUACCCUUCACUUUGCAUAGGAUGCAGGCACUCAAGCUGGCCCGCGAGCAGGGCGUGGGCGCGGCCAUCGAGUACGCGCGGCGGCAGUUCCCGGCGCACGCGGCGCGGCACGAGCGCGCGCUGCAGGCCGCCGUGUGCGCGCUGGCCUGGUGCACGCCCGGCGCGGGGCCCGCGCCCAGCAUCUACCAGCAUCUGCUCGACCCCAAGGCGCUCGGCGCGGAGGCAGCCGAGCUGUUCAUCAAGGAGGCGUGCGCGCUGCUGCGGCUGGCGCCGCUGUCGCCGCUGGCGGGCGGCGUGCUGGCGGGCGCGCGCGUGCUGCCCGCGCUGCACGACAUCCGCGCCAAGAUGUCGCACCCGCACGUCAUCGCCGCCUGGUCCGACGACGAGCUGCCCUUCGAGGUUGAUCUUGGUGAGGAUGGCGGCGGCUACCACUCGGUGUUCGCGUGUCCCAUCCUGCGGCAGCAGGCGUCGGAACAGAACCCGCCGAUGCGGCUGCUGUGCGGACACGUCAUAUCUAGGGACGCGCUCAACAAACUCGCCAUGGGAGCCAAAUUGAAAUGCCCAUACUGCCCGAUGGAACAGUCUCCCGCCGAGGCCCGACAGAUAUAUUUCUCAUGAGCAGUUGUAGCAAACAUAAUACGAUUCGAUUCUGUUGUUAUUACAUGGAAUAAUUUCACUCGUAGCACAAGGGAAUGAACUUGCCACGAUAGAUCAUAGAUGUAGCAUACAGUGCGUUUACUAGAGCUCUUAAAGCAAGGUUGCCAUUGUAUAAAUAAAAUGGCGCCCUACAAUUCCUCUCUCCCAUGUCUGUCUUUUUUACACUGGCAACUAUCAUACUUUAAAAACUUAUAGUAAAUGCACUGAACAGGAGAAUAUGUUUAAAUAGAUACUCUUUAAACUGUUAUAUAUAUUUUCAUACAAAUAAAUGACGAGUUGUUAUAUAAUUAUUUCGUUGGUAAAAUGUAUGUGGUAAAAUCGAUGUUACUAGCUGAGAUUAGUCACAACGUAGAAUAAAAAAUUGACAAGGCGUGAAUUCGACCCAAAUAUUGUUUCCUAAGAAGAUUUAAUGGUUAGAUUUAUUGAACGCGUGUGCAAUAAAUACGACAACCGAAUUAGGUUAUAUUGACAAAUCACUUAGAUACAUAUUAUACAUACACUUUCAUGGACUAAGUUUGUUUAUAAACGAAAUAAAAAAUUCUGAGUAAGCUUGUUCUUCAAUAAAGUAUCUGAAUUGAAAUUGAAAUAGAUAUACAUCUUAUUGCGGUAUGCGAUGAGGCGAACUUUGGUUAUUCUAAUAGAGGUUAAAUAAGGUAGACAUCAUAUUGUAAUUUUAAGACAAAUAUUAUUAUUAUUGUAUGUUUACGUACUGACUGGUUGUAGUCAUGCUUUUGUU